AUGCGGCCUGUGCCACUGCCUGGUCUCAUCAACGCGGCCGAUCACCCCUGGUCCCUCCCUCCUCCUCUGAACCUGCAGAUAACCCCAGGUCCUGGUGCCAGUCCGGUCCUGAAGGUCGAGUGGAAGGCAUUGUGUGUGGCAAUACUGGGCCGCGAUGGGACACUGCUCAAGCUUCCACAGACAACCACGCUGGGGCUAAACCUGGUGGCCUGA